CAUCAACACAUGCAUACAGAUAUGCAUAGAAUUUCAGCUUGCAUUCAUGGUAAGCACAGUCGAUUAUUGUCAGCUAGCAAUAAACUCAACUGAUACUAACGAAGCCAUUUGCCUACAGAGAAGGAAACAACAAUUGUGUACUGUUUGAAAAUUCUUUUGGUGGAUUACAAAUAACACCAAAAUUAUUUAAAAAUAACACCUGUUUUUGGCAUUGACUAAGGCAGGUGCACAUAUUAUGUUUGCUUAUACAAAUUGAGAGACAAUCGAGAGAAUUACAGCUGUUUCCUCAUCCUGACACAAAGGACUAUUCUUCAAUCAACCAAGGAAUUAUAAAUAACUUUAAUAUAAAGCAUCUUUUGACAACGAAACUCCAAUUUGUUUUUCUGACAUUUGUUUUGACUUUCUGAUUAAUAUGGAUUAAAACAGAAACAAGGGGAAGAAUAAAGAAAAUUUUACUCCUUAUUCAAAAGCAGCUUUUAUAUUCUUGGGCGAAAAUCUCCUCAUAUUAGGAAGUUAACUUCUGUUUACAUAAUGGAUAAUCAUUACAGAAAGAAAAAUAAGAUAACGUCCAGUCCAGAUGAACAGGUGAUCAUUACAGAUAACAACAGUAACACUAGUAAUAGGCAUUUAGCAACAGCGUCUUCAACCAUAUCACCACCAAAAUCAAUAAAAUCCAGAACAACUACACCAAGUAGUACUGGUCAACAGUCAAUCAAUUCAGCAUCUUCUGUAUCAUCCAAUAUGACAACAACCACAGGAACAACAAGUAAGGAUACUCAAAAUAUUGACAGUAAUGUUAAUAACAACGGCCAGUCUGAAUCAAACAAUCUUAGUUUCUCCUCUACAGAUUCUGGUCGUAGUAGUAUAAGCAGUAGUCAAACGAGUAACGGUGAAGAAGUUGGUGAAAACAGUUUCAAUACAACAAAAGUCACAGUGCUAACAGUUUCAGAUGUUGAUACAUUGAACUCAAGGUCAGAUAACGAUGAUGAUGAUGAUAACAACAACAGAAAUAGCAAAAGUAAUAGUGAUAGUCACAAUAAUCAUAAUGAUAGUUCACCGUCUGCAUCAGCUGAUUUAGACAUCUAUUCUGACGUUACUCUUAUACCUAAAUCGACUAUUACAAUAGAUUUUACAUUAAAAGCUAAUAAAAAAUCAACGAAACGUGUCAAUGGACGUAAACCAAUCAAAGGGAUUAAAUCAAUACGACAAACUAUCACUGGGACAAAACAAAACGAUUUAAAAAUGCAUGAGGACAUGUCUACUAAAUGUGGAGCAGAAACAUCUACACCUGGCCCAUAUUCACUAUUGGUAACAAAAGCUGAUCGUCUUCAUAAUCUGGAGGAUAAAUAUCUUCAAAAGUGUAGUCUGAAAUCUGCAGACAACCAAUUGCCUUCUCAAGAGGAUUCUAUUCCCAUUGACCACAGCUCAGGCCCUCCACAGUUUACAGAAGACAGUCAACAGUCAAUCAUAUCUGAUUCUUCAUUCAUCUUAUCUCCUAACUCAUCUUCAUCAGUGUUACCACGGUCAGUAACCCAAAAUAGACAUAUUACGGACAAAACAACUAAAGAAGAUCCCAGUUUUCAACCAGAAACUCAAAUAAGAAAUCCACAUACAAUGAAUCACAAGAGAACAGAGUUAUUCACUAAAAUAUCAGAUAGUACAUCUAUUCAUAAAGGAGAACACUAUAAGGUAGAAAGUAACUCCUCAAACAUUAAAUCACCCAAUUCUAGUGACCUAUCAAUCAGUAUCACUUCACAAAAAGAUAUAAAUGAUUUGUCUAGAGAGAUAAAUAGUGAAAUUUCCUCUCCGCUUAAUUAUAAUAAAACAAUAGAAAUGAUAAAAUCGAAUUCAACUUCUGAUAUGUUUGAUAAUUUCACACCGAUCACAUCAGUAACAGUUACAACUUCAAUUGUAGUAGUUAAUGCAAAUGAAUCAUUGAAAACAGGAUCAUCGAUUUCAGUUAAUAGUAAUCCAAGAUCAAAACUGAAUUAUUAUUCAAAAGAUACAGAUCAUGUAAACAAUCACAAUUUUACAACAAACAGACGAAAGUUUCGUAAUAGCUCGAAUAACAGUAAUAAUAAUAAUAAUGAUUUUUCCAGUUUUAACCUAAAAUCAUUGUUAAAUAAUAAAUAUAUGAAAAAUUUCUUAAUGCAACCAUUUUUAAUGCCAGAAUGUAUGAACACUACUGCUUAUACAACAAUGAAUAAUUAUGAACUUGCCCAUUUAAGAAAAUCAUUUUUCAAUAAUGAAAGUAGUAAACAAAACUUUCAGACAGCCACAGCUGCUGCAGCUGCUCUUCUACCAGAUCCAACUGUGUUCAUCAACUCAUCACCAUACUACUAUUGGUUACCAUCGUCUGGAUUUAAUAAUACUACUAAUAAUACAAAUACUACAUAUACUACAGAUUGUAUGAAAUUGUAUAAUGAUAAAAUCAUCACAAAUACUAAUAGCAAUAAUAAUCUAAAUUAUAUGCAUGGAGGCAAUCGAUUUAUACUACAACAAUUCAAUAAUCAUAUCAGCAAUGGUACUGAUGAUUUUAAUUCUUGUGAAAGUUUAAACGGAAACAUGAUUUCCACUUCAAUACCUAAAGUCUCAAAUGAUGAAUUUAAUCAUACGAAACAGGACUCAAAUACUCAGUCUGUUACUAGUAACCUAAGCAAAACGUCAUCUAAUCCAAUAUCUCGAUCGAUGACUAAGCUGAAUUCUCUAAUACCAGAUGAUGUGGUAAAUCGUAGUCAUUUUGAAAAUCGUCCAAGUUCAGCAAAAGAUUUGAUCCUCACGGAUAUACCAUCGAAGGGGAAUAAGGAAAAUCCUUCCAAUACACCUAUUUAUAAAGGAUAUACUCACAAUAAUAAUGACAUUAAAAUCAGUAAAUGUCAAUCUAAUGCCGAAUAUUUAAUAACAGUAGACCACAAUUCAGAUAAAUUAGGCCCUAAUAAAUAUGGACCUACAGAAUCAAACUUAGAAAUGAUGGUUGUGAAUAUGGCUAAUUCUCUAGGCUACCCAAUUUCAGUAAUAACUAGUCCUAUGCAAACUGACAUCCCACAAAUACCAAUUGAUGAAAUUAUGAGUAUUGAUAGAAAUGGAACAGCUUCAUCAUCAUCCUCGGGAAUGACAACAACAGCUGCAACGAAUACAAAAGGGGUGGUAAACAAUUGCAUUCCGAAUCCAGAUUCAUAUUUAACAGCUCCUACAACAUUCAUAUAUUUCUAUAACAAUGAAGGGCAGUUAUUUGCCCUUCCAAGCAAUGCCUUGAUUUUUCCUACGGCUGUUGGUCGCCUUGGAGCACCAGGUACAUCAAAUGAGACGGCAUAUAAUAACCCAUCGACGCUAGUUACUUCACAAGCUAAUGGAAGUACCAAUCAUAAUAAUAACGGCAGCAGUAAUGGCAACAGUUCUACACCACUUCGAACCAAUGGUUGUGUUUCAAACUAUGAACUUCCAGAUCAGUUAUAUUCAGGUAUAGAUUACAGUGCAAUGCUUAAACAAGCAGACACUAAUCACUGUCGUGAACUUAUAUCAGGAUACUCAGUACCUAUGCAACCAUCAUUUCUAAGUGGAUUCCAUCAAUGGCUGCCAGGUCAAAUCACUGUAGACAAUCAGAUGGGCAGUCAACAGCUUCAGAACUCUUCAUCUAACCCAUUAGUAAUACCUCCAAAUCAAGGUAUCAUUAUACAUCCUUCAUGCCAAUUCUCUUUGCCUGCAAUGGGAAUAAUUCAACCAUUAUUAUCAAAUGUUUUCCCCAACCAGACUCUUAGUUCUACAUCUAAUUCAGAGGAGAAUGGUGGUAAUCAAAAUUUAUCUAAACAAAAGAAUAGUCAAUCUACAAUUCCUUCAGUAAUGAACCGUUCUACUGAGCAAUUUAAACUACGUCGUUUUACAAAUGAUCUGCCUAGUUUACUAGGUAAUGCGAAAUCAUCACGUUCAGGAGCAGGUUCUGGGAAAUUAUCGAAUUCCAAUAACAAUCAUUCAAAGUAUACUAGUAGAGGUUUGAUGUCCAGUUUUUUAGAUGACGAUAAUGCUGCGAUAAAUAGUCAAAAUUCUACAAGCCGUCAGAAGAAGCAUGCAUCUAAAACGAAUUUAUACAUUCGUGGUCUACCAGCUUCAUUCACAGAAGAAGAACUACACACUUUGGCACCAGAUCGUAAAUUGAUACGUUCUGUGAAACUAAUCGCUGGAGCUGAAGGGGAAAUGUACGGUUUCAUAGACUUUGUGAAUAAUGAAGCCGCUAAAUCUGCUUUGGUGCAUAUUAAGUCAGGAAAUCGUGACUUGUAUGUCAAUUUCGCUUACGAAUCUGAAAAAGAUCCACAAAAUGUCUAUAUAACAAAUAUUCCUGAAUCGUGGACAGCGUCAAAUGUUGAAGAUUUAAAGCAAAUCUUUCAGCCUUAUGGACAAAUUGCCACUGCUAUUGUAAUGACUAAGAGAUCGAAUAACUUUUGUACAGGUGCUGGGUUUGUUCGAUUCAUUCGACCAGAGGAUGCUCAAAGAGCAAUCGAUGGUAUACGUAAUGCACAAAUCACACUGGAAAAUGGUAAAGGACCUUUGGAGGUUAAACUAGCUGAUAGACAAAAACCAUCGGACGAUCAAAUUAGCACAAAGGCGAGGUCAUUGAAGCGUAACAGUGAACCACCGGAGUCGACAACAUCAUGUGGAAUAAUAAAUGGGAAUGAAGAGAAUAUACGUUAUUCACGUACACGUAAACAAUCUGACUGCCUACUGCCAAAUGAAAAUCAUCUAUCUAAUCGUGGUUCAAUUUCAUCAGGAAGAUUACGAUCAAAUCCUGGUGUACUGGGACCAGCAACAGAUUUAACAUCAUGGGAGAUGACAAACCGAUUGAACAAUUCUGAUUCACUUAUGCUUGCAUUACGUGCUGCAUGGGCAUCAAAUACAUUACAAAAUCAAAACUUUCUACUACGUAAUUCUAUUGGACAGAAUAAUUUAUCGUCAAAUAAUGAAAAUAAUCGUGGUUUACUACCAAUUCCAAAUCCAAAUGUACAUUUAACAAAUUUUAUGUCUCAACAAAAAGUACAACCAACCAAUGGAAUGUUACCUACUCAUAAUCCUGUUCAACAUAGCUUUAUAACUGGACAGUCAGCUGCAGCAGCAGCUGUGGCAGCUGUUACUGCCUUACUACCCUUUUCUAGACCAAUUGACAGUUAUUCACUAUCUCAAGCGCUUAUACAUACUCCUGUUACACCAACAAUGAUUGGUCCUAUGUUACAACCUACUGCCAGUUGGACGGCAAGCCCACUGAUAUCAAAUAUUUAUCAAUCAAUGUGAAUAUACCAGAUGAAAAGUUUAAAAUCCCCUAUGUUGACAAAUGGGGAAAAAUAAGGAGAAAGAUUUCUUUUAGAAAAAAAUGGUUUACUAAUCAUCUAUACAAACAUUUCAUAAAUUUUUUUAAAAUUUGAGUCAAAAACACAUUUCAUUAUCCAAGAUCACUUACAGACAGAUACAUUAUUUUUUGGUGCACAUUUGUGUGUGUGUGUGGGUGGGUGCGCGCGUAUCUGCACGCGCAUAUAUUUGCGUAGGCGUGCGAAGGUAUGUCUGUUUUUUAUAUGUUUGUAUACAAACCGUCAAGCACAUACUUUAACUAGGCUGUUUGAAAUAAAUAUCGUAGAAAGAGAGAAAUAAGUAAAACAGAGAAAUUAUUAAUAGUAUUGCAAAAUAUAAUAUUUUUACAAAGUUACCAACUUUGCUUCAUCUUUAUUCCAAAAAGGAAAAAAAAAAGUCAUAAAAAAUUAUUUUAGAGUCAGAAAUGCAACUUUAUACUUACGAGUAUUUUUUUUUUGUCAGAGCUACUCGUGUCUCCAGUCCCUCAGCCAACCUUCUUACCAGUAUUUGUUGACUAGACAAUUAUUCCACUAGUAUACAUCAGAUAACAGUGAUUAUUCACUGUUCCUUUAAUUGGCGUCUCUUUCUCUCUUCCUCCCCCCCCCUUCCCGCUCUACACCCAUCUACCUUACUCAUCAACUCGAGCAUAUGAGUAAAACUUAUUUCGAACAAUCAGUUUCCUGAUGUUGUGAAUGAUCUAGAACACUAUCAACACCUAAUGUCUAUACGCGUUGUUAGCCUGAUUACAUGCAUUCUGUAUGUACGGAUGUAACUGUAUGUAUUUAGAGUUAAUACAGUUUAACUUUAUCAUUCUGUUCAAUUUAUUUACUUAAUAAUAAAAAUAAAGACUUUUUACAUACGUUGGAGGAAUUAUCAAUGAACAGCCUGAAGUAAUUUUCAUUUUGGAAAAGAGUAUUCAUAACAAAAUAUGAGCUUUAUUCUUUUGGAAGGUUGUGUACCUCUAUCUCAUAUGUGUAGAUGAAAAUAUCAAGGAAUAAAGAAGAGAAGACGAUGAGGAAACAAGUGUAAUCAACAUUAAAUUUGUUCUAUUUACACAAUAGUAAUCAUAUGAUUCUAUUCAACAUGUUCAAUGUCCAAUAUAAAAGUUUGAAUUCAUUUUAGGUAAAGUCCAAUAGAAAUUAUUUUAUGCAUUGGUAAUGUGUUUUUUUUCUUCUUUCUUUUCUGUUUUUCUUUAUUUGUUUGAUUCUCAUCCCCUACCCCAAUCUCCUCAAGAUUUGUGCUUUCUCUUUAGAAAACGUGAUUUUUGUACAACUUCAAGGAGCAUUGCUUUUGAUUUUAAGAAAUGACAAAAAAAAAUUGAAUUCAUUUCUCAAACUACUAAUAUUCACUAGUAUUUUAGUAGUAUAGUAGUUGUUAUCAAUAGUAGAGUUUUAUGAAAUUAUAAUGCAUAGAUAUUACCUAUACACCCAGUCAUACUUUUAACUGUAGUUAUAUGUUCUCUGGUUUUUGAUCAUUUCGUUGAGAAGAAGUAAUCAUAUACCAUUGUGUGUGUGUGUGUGUAUGAGUGUGCGUAUGCAUGUGUCUAUAUACAUAAGAGUGUGAAAGUACUCAUAUCAAUUUGACUGAGUGUAUGUGUUUGCUUUCGACGUUUUUAUUCACUUCACUGUUAUUAUCUAUUCAGUAAUCAUUGUGUUGUGCACAAUAAACAAGUUUGACUACAUCUCCAGCUGAUAGACAAAUUGAUAAUUCACAUGAAUAAUUGACUAAAUUGACAAUAUAUAAUCAAUAAUUUAGACAAAACAAUCACUAACUAACUAAUCUACGAAAAAAAUUAUCUCCUGAGCAUUAUUUUUUUUCUUCUAACCUUUGAGUAAAUUUGAAUUAAUAUACAAUAUGUUUGUUAGUUCUUUUUUUCUGUAUUGUGAAAAUAAUAUAUGAUUUUGAAUCGUA